AUGGCAGUUCCAGGUAAUACUAAUAGUCAGGAUGCCUGUAUACAGCGCACGUCCAUAACCAUUAUCUCGUCUGACAGAGAGUUACCGACAGAUCUCAUUCCUCUCGAUGUCGGCCCCGACAUGACCCUUAACGACAUCAAAGCCUUCGUCGAAGCUGAGAUCGGUGUUCCUCCCUCAGCCCAAAUAUUCUUAAGAGAUGGGAAGGCGGUCACAGACACCUCCAUGACGCUUGCAGAUUUCAACAUCCAGGAAGGUGGUAUCAUACCGAUGGCCAUCCAAGCCAAUCCUCCGAGACGACGGGCGGCUCAGGGAGCAACUACCGGCCAGCCGUCCACACAGGUCGACAGAGGCGUUAACGAUUCCGAGGCAUUGAGAACCCGUAUAUUGCAAGAUCCUGGCGUCAUGGCUGAUUUUCGGAUACGAGAUCCCGAACUUGUUGCUGCUGCUCAAGAUGGACAGAGAUUCCGCGACCUACUGGAAGAGAGGUUUAGACAGAAUGAGCGGAUGCAGAGAGAGAAGGAAGAGCAGAUUGCUUUGCUAGAGGCGGACCCUUUCAACGUCGAUGCACAACAGAAGAUUGAGGAAAUGAUUCGACAGGAACGUGUCUCGGAAAAUCUGCAAAAAGCAAUGGACGAGUUUCCUGAAGCAUUUGGCAAGGUCACCAUGCUUUAUAUCGAUGUCGUCGUAAAUGGCCAUCCUAUCAAAGCUUUCGUGGAUUCAGGCGCACAAACGACAAUCAUGUCCCCGUCAGCCGCCGAACGGUGCGGGAUCCUGCGCUUGGUCGACAAACGGUUCGGAGGAAUAGCCAAAGGUGUUGGUACUGCUCAAAUCUUAGGUCGAGUGCAUUCAGCCGAAAUCCAAAUCGGACAGUACGACCUAGCCAGCAGCUUCACCGUCAUGGAAGGCAAAGACGUGGAUCUGUUACUGGGGCUCGACAUGCUCAAGCGGCAUCAGAUGUGCAUCGAUCUGAAAAAGAACUGUCUGCGCAUCGAAAACGACGAGAUCCCGUUCUUACCGGAAAGCGAACUCCCUAAGAUGAUGGAAGAAGUUCUGGAAAACGAGCCUAAAGUUGCAGGCCCUGGAGGGAGCACGGUUGGCGCGAAAACCGGAACUGUUAUGCCAGGGGCAUCAACAUCCUCAACUCAGGGGAGGUCCGGUCAGGCAAGCGCCAGCACCCCAGGCCCAUCGGAUCGGUCAGGGUCGACCGCUACAGCUAUCCCAUCGUCUGUCGUCCAGCCUCAUUCAGGUUCCAGUGCCUUUGGGGAGCCACAGCCUAUCACCGCAGAAACGAUAGCGCAAGUAACCGAGCUGGGUUUCACAAGAGAAGAGGCCAUUGCAGCGCUUCAACAGACCGGCGGUAAUGUCGAACUCGCUAUAGGGUUGUUGCUUUGA